AUGCAAACUACUAGACACUCGUUCGACCGACUGCUGGAGCGUUUUUCCACGUUCUAUUGUAUCCCACGAUUUAGGCCGAAAGGAGGACGACCCAGGAAGCUACAGCACCAUCACCAAGUGCUUGGGCUUCUUUUGGCUUUUUACGUGGGGUCUAUGCAGCACAAGUCUCUCUGUUCGAACUUCGGCGUCCCUCCCGCUACGCUGAGGCGUGUGCUUUCCGGUGCCGAAGAGUCUAUGAAGAGAGCGCUGGCUGGGUUUUUGCCUGCUAGGAUCGUUUGGCCGACGCUGGCUCGCCAAAAAGCUUUAGCGCGACUCACUGCUGCCCGAGCACCACUUCUUCCAUUUACUUGGGGGUUUCUAGAUGGGAAAAAUUACUCGGUACGUUUAUUUUACUUAUCUUUCUUUACUUAA